CAAUGUGAUUCCGUCUUCCGAAAAGUAUCAGCCGGCUGCUUUAUUGAUCAUCUUCAUCCCCAACAACACCCACUUGUCCAUCAGCAUCUCGGAGGCUGCACAGAAGAGCACACAGCGCCACAGGCUGGUGUUGCUAUCCGGAGUAGCUCUGCACUGCUGCCUUGCACAGUCACUGCCGCCGCCACCACCAUGAGCAGCAGCACCACCACGACGACGACGACGGCCCGCAGCCACAGCCUGGCGCCGACCGCCGAGCCCGGCUCCGACGCCCAGCUCGCCCCCUUUCCCGACUACAUGGACGACCGUCCGCCGGUCGACGACUCCUUCGACACCACGUACGUGGAGAAGAAAGCCAAGCCGCCCAUGAGGAUGGUAUGGCGGAAUAUCAUCCUGAUGGGCGCUCUGCAUCUCGCCGCCGUCUACGCCCUCACCCUGGCGCCAUCCGCCAAGGCUCUGACCUGGCUCUGGGCCGCCUUCUGUUUCCUGCUGAGCGCUCUGGGGGUGACGGCAGGCGCUCACCGGCUCUGGAGUCACCGUUCCUACACCGCCGCCACGCCGCUCAGGGUCUUCCUGGCCAUUGCCAAUUCCAUGGCCUUUCAGAACCAUAUUUAUGAAUGGGCGAGGGACCACCGUGUUCACCAUAAGUUCUCCGAGACGGAUGCCGACCCUCACAAUGCCUCCCGUGGCUUUUUCUUUUCGCAUGUGGGUUGGCUCAUGGUUCGCAAGCAUCCAGAUGUGAUUGAGAAGGGGAAGAAGCUGGACCUGACCGACCUGAAGGCAGACCCUGUUGUCAUGUUUCAAAAAAAGUACUAUAAACCCUCUGUGGUGCUUUUGUGUUUCGUGCUCCCGACAUUUGUUCCCUGGUAUUUCUGGGAGGAGACCUUUUGGACUUCCUACUUCCUGGCCGCCAUCCUGAGAUACACGUUGGUGCUGAAUGCCACCUGGCUGGUGAACAGCGCAGCCCACAUGUUCGGUAACAAGCCCUACGACAUUACAAUUAACCCCCGGGAGAACAGAUUUGUCGCAUUUGGAGCAAUAGGUGAAGGAUUCCACAACUACCAUCACACGUUCCCGUACGACUACUCGACCAGCGAGUACGGCUGGCGAGGAAACAUCACCACCUGUUUCAUCAACAUAUCGCGUUGGCUCGGGCUGGCCAGUAAAUGUAAGGUGGCCUCCAAUGAGCUGAUCUUGGCCCGCAGGAGGAGAACUGGAGAUGGCAGCACCAGAAGUGGCUGAGGGCGCUCGAGUGAGCAGACUCAACGUACACUGUUGCUCCCCAAAAUGCCAAAGACUCCACCAAGUCACGAAGGCAGUUUUGUCAGCAGUUAUGAUUUUUAAGGUGGAAUCCUUUUUAAGAAGUCUCCUCUCUCCACGUUACCAGUAAACUGAUGAAAGAUUUGAGAAUAGCAGGCGGCUGUAAAUAUAACAAUUGUGCUUCAUUGUUGAUAGUAGACAGUAGGUUCUUGCUCAAUUUUGGAAUUGACACCUUACUGAAUGGUAAUCUUUGGGGCAUCUGGUUUGUUGCUUGAUUCUCCAGAACUGUUUAGUAACAGUGUUAGCUCCCAACACCCAUCCAUUCUUACCUCUGCUUCAAAGUCUCCUUGCACAGGUAAAGAUUUUGCAUUAAAGGAUUCCAUCUUAACUCUCAGCGCAGCCAGGUGCAAGAGAUACAAAUUUAAGGAAAAAAAAAAAAAAUACUGGAUCAGAGGGAAUUGCUUUUUGUAAAUAUUUGGCAGAGUCUGCCAACGUCAAUGAUAUGGAAAUGAUUUGGAUUGGGAUGACCAUGCUUCUCAAAUGCUGGCUACUCCCAGAGCUUGCAACGGUGGAUGGCAUGCCAUUCAUUGCCAUCUAUUACACAUUUCAAGUAUAUUGUCUCACUCCAUGCAGUAUAUCAUUUUUGCCCAUUGCCUUUUGUAAUAAGUUGGAUUUUAAGUUUGUGUUUGUUAACAGUGUGCCGUAGAUCACUAGCCGCACUCCUAUUUAUUUUGUCUGCAUUUGAGUUGCGUAUUGGCCUUAAGACCACUCAACAGUUCCAGCACCUCACACGCCAACCCUGAUCCAUCCCAAGCUCGCCAGUACUUUUUUUUUUUUUCGCCCGAUGAAAGCAAAUGCUGAGCGACUAACCAUUGACCAUCAAGCAUUUGACACUAUUGCAUUUUCCCCAUUCCCCUCUCCACUUUAAUUUCUUGUUAACCCAUGUAACAGUUCUAACUUAAACUGAAAUCCAUGAUCUAGCCUCCAUUAAGGGGGAGGGGAAGAAAUGAGCUUUGGCACACGUUGUGCUCUGUACACUAUUGGACAUUGACUGAUGGACAGUUUGCACCAAAUGUUUGUAAGCACCAAACACAAUCUUUCUUUCUAAUACUCAGUGUAUCAAUAUACAGGUUCGCCUGUGGUCUUUUCUGGAGUUGGAACUUUAGAUGGUCAGGGAUGUACUGUAUAUGAAGUUUCCUUUGGAAGAUGCUGUGUUCUGAGAUUUUUUUUUCCAGUCUUUGAAUUUCCUUUUGGUGUAAGGUGUGAUGCCAUUGUCUUUUGUGUGACUGAAUGUUGUGCUUCAAUAAUCAUGCCGAAAGUUAAUAGUAAUAUAAUUAAACACUAUAUUAAAAACAAAAAUCUCUCGCUGUUGAAGUUGUCCCAGGUUGCCAGGACUGAUUCAAGUUUCCCAAAGCCAUUGGGAACUUCAGGAGUCUGGGAGAAGGCUCCCAACCCAAAACGUCAUGCAUCCCUUGUUUGCCAGAGAUGCUGCCUGGCCCGCUGAGUUACUCCAGCACUUUGUGUCCUUUGCUCCUGGAACCAGCUUGUUGCACAGCCUUGCUCCAGAAACAGCAGCUCCUGCAUCCUCCCACAGUACAACUUGAUCUCCAGAGAAUACAAACCAGGUUGGGUAUGGCUUUUUUUUUUUUUUCCUCCUCUCUCCAUGUUCUUGGGUGUCUCAUAAAUUGGCAAUUGAGAUGUCCGUUUGCCCUCCAUGUCAAGCAGCAGCAGCAUUUGGGUGAUUCGAUUCUAACCUCUGCUCCAGUACCUCCCUGUGUGGUGGUUCCUGUUCAUUGUGGUGCCUCUGGAGUGACUCCUCUCAGCUGGACCAGCAGUGCAGAUCUAAGCGCCAAGGAAUGAUCUUUAAUUGCUUGGUCAUGAGUUGACUCCAAAUGGGUUCAAUUGAUGGCUCGGACAUUUAAAGCAAAUUGAACUCCUGCUGAAAGGGACCUGACUCAACAAUGGACAAUGCCACAGAUAUUCCAUUAUGGGUUUGAAAUUGAUUACAAAUUGAGCUUUUAUUUCAAACUGACCUCGCCUGCCCGGGGUGUGACCUCUGCCCUUUAUCCACCUGCCCCUCGUACGGCUGCGGACAUGCUUAGUUUUACGCAGAUCAGAUAACUUGCCCGAGUCGGGAGCUGCAUUGUACCACUGAUGUAUGCUGUUAUCCCCCUCCCCCCCUAAUGUGAAUGCCACUGACCCGAUCAUAUAACAAUCAAAACAUUCCUUUCACCUGCAACCUUAAUGAUUCAGCUGGGGAGGAAUGAGGUGAGAAGGUUUGACACCAAGUCACGGAUGAAUGGGAUGUGCCAGUCUAAUUUAUUUGAUGAAAUCCCUGCAUCCCACCAGAAUAUUGGCGGUGGGUCUGCAGGUGCCCAAGUCUAUUAAACCAUGGGACAGAACCCCAACUUGCCUUUUGCUUGAUGUGUGUACUUAACAAGAGCUUGAAGAACAACUAACCAUCUCGCUGAUCAGCAAGUCUGAGCAGACUAGUCUCUGCUUUAUUAAAGUCAAUGUCCCUAUAGUGUGGCAAUCUCCUGUUCACCAACACUGUAGUCUGGAACCUGCUGUGAAUCAUGUUAUUGUGUAGAUCUUGAUGCACUUGUAUCAGUGCCACCUGUUCCUAUUUUAACAGAGGCAAUAUUUAAAAUAAACAAUUUAACUUCC